AACAAGAGAGUAGAAAACCAAGAGAGAGAAAAAGUUCAUAUCUACCAAAAAAAACAAAAAAGAGAGAAAAGGUUCAGACUAACGUGGCAAACGGUUACCCAAUGAGCACUUGAAAGCCGCCAAAUCAAAUGGAAUCCUCAUCAGGGUUUAUGGUUUUUCUUCAAUCAAAGUGAGCGAGGGAUGCAAACAACCAUAAGCCACUGAGGGUUCAUGACUCGUUCUUUCCCUUUCUUUUUCCUGCUCUUCUCUCUUUUUCGGUUUACGAUAUAGAUAAUCGAAACCCUAGAGCUGGAAAUCGGUUGAAUGAGGCCGUACUUGGAUGCUUCAAAGCUAUACCCUCCAACAUCUUGCACAGUGUUAAAAUGAAACCAAGAACCAAUGAUAUUCCUAGAGGUCAAAAGCUGAAGAAUUUCCAAGGGGAAGGUCCAAAUUGGAUCCUUAUUGUUGGUGGCGCUUUGUUGAGUACAUUGUCAAUUCGGCUUGGGUACAAGCUUAGGCAAGCUGCUGAUACAAAACGUCUGGACAAUGCUAGCAAUGGUUUGAAAGGAAACGUAAAAUCUACUGAUAAGAGAAGGUCCAGAGCUUGCAAACUGGAUUCAAAUGCAUAUUCUUUCACCCAAGAUGAGGAUGGCUGUUACAAUUGCAUUUCAGGAAGAAGUUCUGAAGACACAGUUGACUCUAAGCGUCCAGCUAGUUGUCCUAUACUGAAGGAAGCUGAUCCAUCACUUCCUUUGGUCACGAUUACUGCGCCAGAGUCGAACAGAGAAAAUGGUGUGAUUUGGGCGUCUUCUCCUGAUCGUCUUGAACCGCCUCCAAAACCAUUCCAGCACUCAAAUUGCUCAGACUCUCCCUGUGGGUCAGAAUCUGGCUCUGACAUCUUUGGCAAGCGGGAAGUGAUUCACAAAUUGUGCCAGCAGUUGAAAAGAAGGGAUGAGAUGAUCUUGGAGAUGCAGGAUCAAAUCACAACAUUGCAGAAUUCGCUCAAUGUUCAGCUGACACAGUCUGGUAAUUUACAGUCACAGCUUGAUGCUGCAAACCAGGACCUAUUUGAUUCUGAGAGGGAAAUCCAGAGGUUGAGGAAAGUCAUAGCAGAUAUCUGUGUAGGGGAAGUGGGGCCCACUAAGAAGCUCACAGUAACGGGGGAGUGGUCAGAAGUAGGAAGAAAUGUUCAUAGUGAUGGGUUUCUUGAUGGGGAGAGUGAUUUGGAUCAGGUUGGAAAGGGGAGAGGAGAUGGGGAGAGGAUUGAGAUGCUGAAGAGGGAAGUGGGAGAGUUGAAGGAAAUAAUUGAAGGAAAGGAAUACCUUCUGCAGAGCUAUAAGGAACACAAGGCAGAGCUAUCCGUUAAGGUCAAGGAACUGCAGGAGAGAUUGGCCUCUCAGGUACCUAGUAUUUUGUAGGGAAACUAGGGUUUUUGUGUAUGUUUUGGUUUUUUCUUUUGUUUUUUCCAAAAUGGGGGAAAGCUGCGGUUCCACAAUUUUCUUAUUCAGUUCAAAUGUUUCAUUCUGUAUACCUGCUUGUGUGUGAGCGAGAAUUAAAGAAAUAGUGAAGUUGGCUUUCUACAUUUCGACAUAAAAAGGAACGAUUCCUGAUUAUAGAGAUCAUUGAAUUUGCGAACAA